AUGACUCGCGGAGAAUCUACUCAGUCCAAGGUUCACUACAAGGGAAAGCAGGAAGACUUCCUCGUCUUUGUGGAUGAUGUAGACACAUACAAGAAGUGGCAGAGCGACAAGAGCAUUCCUCCUGCCCAUUUCAUUUCAACCUUCAACGUAUUCCUGACGCAUCGACAAGGAGCUCAGGGAACCUUUGACUCAGCGUCAAAGAUGGAGCUAGCUGCCGAAUUCGAUACUGAGAACACUGACGAGGCGAUUCUAAAGAUCCUUGAGCAGGGAUCGAUGCAAAACAUGGAGAUGCCUAGUCGGCAAGGUGUUACGAAUGAUUCUAUGAGCUCGAUGAGGGUAAAAUAG